AUUUCCAAGUUCUUGAGAAACUCACUCUAUCACAUGAAACUUCAUUUGGGAGUGACACAGAGAAAUCAGCGACUGCACCAUAAACCCUUAAAAUUAAAUCAAUCAAAAAUCGUGGAUUGAAAACAAAUAAUCCGAAAGAAAAAAAUGGGCUCUAAGAACGAAGAAGCUUCAGAUGAAGGACCUAACUAUUCACCUCCUUCUUCUUCUUCUUCGUCUCCUUCUUCUCAUGCUUGGAAAACUCGAAUCGUUAUUCCAACCCUCCUCGCAGGGGUUGCUGGAGCUGGAAUUGGGUUAAUUUCAAAGCAUCGAAAAACACUUGGUCUUGCUAAUGUGUGUUCUAGCUAUGCUGCGAAUUUCGCCAUCGUCACAGGGUGCUAUUGUGGUGCACGAGAAUAUGUGGCUGCAACUAGAAAAACGGGACCUGACGACAUAUGGAACUCUGGAUUAGCUGGAUUUGGAACUGGUGCUCUUCUUGGGCGACUGCAAGGUGGUCAACUGGGUGCACUCCGGUACUCUGUCGUCUUUGCUGUUGUGGGGACAGCAGCAGACUUUACUUAUUUGAAACUGAAAGAUGCUUUGAGAGAUUACACUAAAACAAUAUACCAAGACAUCGAGAAUUCUAAAGAGAGUGGAUCUUGGUUAAAAUUGCCAGAAUGGUUUCCGGUUAAAGUACUCGAUGAGGAAGCCCUUGCUGCUAAACGAGCUCAGGAAGAGCAAUUCCUUCAGCAGAGGGCAAGGAUUCGCAGCCUUAAAGAAGAAGAAUCUUGAGAACUUUAAAUUUUUGUGGAUGUUUUGCCUGAUCCUUGAGCGAGGCAAACUUCCACCACGUAAAGCAUUUUGUAUACCCAAUUUUAUUUUAUUUUAUUGAGUUAGUUUGUAAUAAUGUACUUUUCAAGCUAAAAAGCAAUGGCUUCAGCAGAGAUUUUGAAAAUGUUGAGAUUGAAAUUCAUGUACUCAUUUGGAUUGUCUAAUGAUUUCUCCCUUCUCAGGUAAGACAAUGUCCGGUUACUAGGUGAGGAAAUCUAUAAAAGUUUAAAUGUUGUAGUUUGACAUUUACAAUC